AUGGACUCACGUCGUGUCUCUCUGCCGGCAUCACUCGCCGUCUCUCACCCAUACUUUGCCACUUAUCACCAUCAUCAGCCACGCACAUCGUCUGUCUCAUCAAGUAAUUCCAAUUCGGUCAACGCGAACAGCACCAUGCUUUUGUCGCCCAACUUCUCGCCAAGCCCAUGUCCAAGAAGAUCCCUUCCAUCCACCCCACUUCCAAACGGAUCCCGUCGAAGUCUUCCACCAACCCCACCAACUCCAGCAUUCUCCUCCACCAGCGAGCACGAGGAGCUCUUUGUGAACGAUGUGCAGAAUGAUGAGCCGGAAUUUCCGCCACGCAGCACUCGCCUACGCAGUUUCGAUCUUCGCGACGGACACAUUUUUGACAAAGGAUUCCAGAAGAAACCCAGCGACAAGGAUCUUUUGAGUGUCAACGGAACUGGAUUCAGAAGAGGAGAUAGCCGCCGAGCCACUUGUCCAGACAUUUUUCUGUUCGACUCACAAAACUGCCUUAUGAAGCACGUUGUUCUUCGGAUCUAUGGAGCAAGAAAUUGCGGAAAGAAGAGUCUCGCCAAUCGAAUCCAUCAUUUCGCAACCAGCAUGGCUCCAGAGAAAGUUGAUCCGGAUGAGAACGGAAACGACUACACCAAAAUGACGACGUUUUUGUUGAAUGGAAGAGAAGUGACACUGGAGAUUCUUCUAGAGUCUAAUCUGGAAAAUUCACCAUUCCGACAAUCAAAAACAAUGUAUAUUGUGAUGUAUAACAUGGAUAACAGACCAUCGUUUAUCUAUGCGUCACAGAUUUUGGAGAGAAUCACCUUGGCCAACUUGAACAAUCCAGUUCCACUUCAACUGUUUUUGAUUGGCAACAAGUGUGAUUUAAAACGAAACCAAGUGAUUUCAACGAACGAGGCGAAAUCUGUGGCAAGAACUUUCAAAUGCGAGUUUCUCGAAGUUUCUGCACUCCUUGGAAUGAACACCGAGGAGACGUGGACCACGAUUCUCAAGGAAUUACAGGAACCCUCUGAACGCCGACGCCCAUCUUGGGUCGAACGUCUUCUGAACCGAGGCAAAGGUGUCGCCAAGUCGGCGGAGGAAGUCUUCCAUCGAAUGCUCGCCUAA